CGGAAGUUCGUCCUGUUAUUGAGUCCGAUUUGGUUCCAAUUUGUGGGACUGAAUUUUACAGUAGUGGCGGGGGGCCAUGGAGAAUUUCCAGAAGGUGGAGAAGAUCGGGGAGGGCACGUACGGGGUGGUGUACAAAGCGCGGAACCGAGAGACCGGGGAGAUUGUGGCUCUGAAAAAGAUUCGCUUGGACACUGAGACAGAAGGAGUUCCAAGCACAGCCAUCCGGGAAAUUUCCCUCCUCAAAGAAUUGAACCAUCCCAAUAUUGUGAAGCUUCUUGAUGUCAUUCAUACAGAAAACAAGCUCUACCUUGUAUUUGAGUUCCUUAACCAAGAUCUGAAGAAAUUCAUGGACGGUUCAAACAUUUCUGGAAUUUCACUAGCCCUAGUUAAAAGCUAUCUGUUCCAGUUGCUCCAAGGUUUGGCUUUCUGCCACUCACAUCGUGUCUUACAUCGUGACUUAAAACCACAGAACCUGCUUAUUAAUUCUGAGGGUGCCAUCAAACUUGCCGACUUUGGACUAGCUCGGGCAUUUGGUGUGCCUGUGAGAACCUAUACUCAUGAGGUUGUCACCCUGUGGUACAGAGCACCAGAAAUUCUUCUUGGCUGCAAGUUCUACUCCACGGCUGUAGAUAUCUGGAGCCUGGGAUGUAUAUUUGCAGAAAUGAUCACUAGGAGAGCACUUUUUCCUGGAGAUUCUGAAAUUGAUCAGCUCUUUCGCAUCUUUCGAACACUGGGGACCCCUGAUGAAGUGUCCUGGCCAGGAGUGACAACUAUGCCAGAUUACAAGUCAACCUUUCCUAAGUGGGUCCGACAGGACUUUAGCAAAGUGGUGCCACCUUUGGAUGAUGAUGGUAGAGACCUUUUAGCUCAAAUGCUUCAGUAUGACUCCAACAAGCGGAUUUCUGCUAAAGCAGCGCUGACCCAUGCUUUCUUCCGAGAUGUGAGCAGACCAACUCCGCAUCUGAUUUAGAUGUACACAUGGAGGAGAAGCGUACAAUAGUUUAUAAGGAGAUGACAGAAAAUGAGCAGUGUGGAACUUGGCAACCACCCUUGUAAGAAUAACUCUGUAUCCAUCAGAUCUAUUUCACAAAGUACAGAGAAUUGGCAUCAUUUUUAAGUAAAUUGUUCCUUUGCAAAAGAAGUUUUUCAUGCUAUAAUCCAACUACUUUCAAAUUCUUUCGACAUCUACAGUUUGGGAAUCUCCUGAAGAGUAUAAACAGCUAGGAUUUUAAUCUUGUAACUCGGUUCAGCAAGUUAAUUUCUUUUUUCUCUUUCUAUUUUCAGAUUACCAAAACUUUUUACUCUUAAUGGUGUGUGCAAAAAAAAAAAAAAUGCAUCCGUUUUUAAGGAGCAAGUCACCUUUUUAGGUCAGGCGCUAUAAGCACUUUGGUGCUGCUAUUUAUUUUCUAGCAUAUUUCAUUGAGUGGAAUAUUUUAGACUUCCUAAUGCUCUGUGAAAUGUAAAAUUGCAAUAUUCUCUACUGAAUUAUUAUAUCCAAUGUCCGUCUCAACAUACCUUGUAUGCUUGUAAUACAGGCACAACUGGUAGCAUUGUUGAAAUAGGUUAGGAUGCUGUACAGCACACUAUGAACCAUAUGUGUUAAAUAUUGUGUGCAGAACAUAGAUAAAAGUAUUAAGAGGAAGUUCUACAACAAAACAAGAAAUCUCUUUUGUAAAAUGUUGUUUUUGCACCUUUUAUUUUUGGAUGCAACUACUUUUAAAAUUAUGUUUUAACUGUUCAAUGUGUGUUUUAGUCUGUACCUGUGAUGUUAGUCCUAAAGUUAAUUAAAAUAAUAUUAUUACUAUGCUGGUGAAGAGUUUUAAAAUAAAGUACAGUUCUCUAGUA